AGGAUGCGGACCUUGUGGAGGCGCUGGCCCUGCGGCCUCAGGGCGGGCGGCGAGCCCUCGGAGAAACACGCCAUCCUCGACCCGUACGCCUGCCGCCCGGCACCACCACAGCACGACUACACCAACCAGCUGCUGCUGGCGAUGGCGGCCAGCCUGGGCUACCUGACCGUGGGGCUGGUGCGCGGCUUCUCGUCGCCCGGGGUGCCCUCCAUGCAGCAGACGACGCCCUGGCUCGUGCCCGACGACGACGCCGUCUCCUGGGUCAGCUCGGUGCCUCCGCUGGGUGCGUUCGUGGGCAGCUUGGCGUCGGGCCCGCUGCUGCAGCGGCUCGGCCGCAAGCGCACCCUUAUGGUCAGCGCACCGCUGUUCGUCGCCUUCUGGGUGCUGCUCGCCUUCUCGCAGAACUACGCCAUGCUCUUCUCCGCGCGCAUCCUCACCGGCUUCUGCGCCGGCAUCUCCAUCCCGUCCGCCCAGGUCUACGUGAACGAGAGCGCGCACGCGCGCGUGCGCGGGGUGCUGGGUUCGCUGCCGGCGCUGUUCAUGUCGGGCGGCAUCCUGCUGGCCUACGUGCUGGGCGCGUGGCUGCCGUGGCAGGCGCUGGCCGGCGCGUGCGCGGUGCCGCCCGCGCUGCUCUUCCUGUCGCUGCUGCCGCUGCCGGAGUCGCCCGUCUGGCUGGCCGACCGCGGCCGGCACGCCGACGCCGCGCGCGCCAUGGCCUGGCUGCACCGCGACAGCGUCUUCGGUAAACACCAACCUCACGCCCCACGUGAAAACCUGCCCGUAACGGUCGCUGAGCUGAAAAUGUGGACAUCUAAGAAAGCCCCCAGCAAGGGCGCGUCGGCCGCCCAGGAGGGCAGUCCCUUCAGCCGGAGGGCGCUGCUGCGCAGGCCCGUGCUCAUCCCGCUGGCCCUCUCGCUCGCGCUGCUCGUCUUCCAGCAGCUCAGCGGGAUCGACUCGGUGGUGUUCUACACGGUGAUGAUCUUCGAGAGCGCGGGCAGCACGCUGGACGACCACGUGGCGACCAUCAUCGUGGGCGCGGUGCAGCUGCUGGCCAACGUGGCGGCGCUGUUCGUGGUGGACCGCGCCGGCCGCCGCCCGCUGCUGCUCGCCUCCGGGGCGCUCAUGGCCGUCUCCAUGGCGGCACUCGGCGCCUACUUCAACCUGCAGGAGCAGAACCGCGAGGAGGGCCUGGAGCUGCUGCCGCUGGCCAGCCUGGUGGUCUUCAUGCUGGGCUACUCGCUGGGCUACUGCACACUGCCCUUCCUGCUGAUGGGCGAGCUGCUGCCGGAACGCCAGCGCGGGCCGCUCAGCUCACUUGCCGGCUCCUUCAACCUUGCCUUCAUGUUCGUCGUCAUCAAGACCUUCCACAACUUCCAGCAACUGCUCGGCAAUGACGGCACCUUCUGGCUGUACGGCGCCAUGUGCCUCGCUAGCUGCGCCUUCGUGUGGCUGCUGGUGCCCGAGACGCGCGCCAAAUCGCUCGCCGAGAUCGAGCAGUUCUUCGAGGACAGCAACCAGGCGCGCAAGGAGAAGCGCGCCGCUGCAGCCAGGGCGGUCGUAGUCGCCGCCGCCGCCGCCGGCGUCGCUGACGUCGCCGACGGUGCGCCGGAGAAGACUGACCAGGCGGCGGGAAGCAGCUAACGCCGGGACAUCGCUCCCGGGCGAUCGUGAUUAAUGUUCCUGUACAAGCGACUCUCCAUUACAGUGAAGGACUGGUCAUUUUAUCGUGGUCGCUGUCUUUCGGCGACUUCAUUAUGUAGAACUGAAGGUUUCCAAGUCACCGCCGAUUAACUUGCCUAGAGCACAUCAGGUCAAAAAGUGGAUCAGUCUGUAGCUGUACUACACAUCCACCUCCACCUACUACCAGCAGCCAAUGAAAUAUCGUCUUCCGCUGGGCACCUAGCCAAACAUCACUGUGGACAGCGAUAUCUUCUCUCCUCCAGACUACGCUGUGGCAAUAACUUAUUGCUGUCCACAGCGUCACUUUAUGAAGUAUGGCGACACAGAAGGUCACUUCCCCUCUCUGUCAACGUGCAUACGGAACGUAUUCCCUUCCAUGCUGUACUGUUUUUUACUCUCUCUGUGUGGUAAGCCUUCGGACAUGGCAUUUACUACACAGGGCGUGAACGAUAACCGUUAGCAACAUAAUACAGUGGUGCAGAGAAAGUCGAGACGAACAAUUUGAGACACUCAGGGUCUGUAAUGCUGGGAAAUAACUCAAAGUGGUCUACUACGCCGGCAGAUAAGUCAGCUAUUUCGUCAACAACUUCCCUGUGAGGGUAAUGAAAGAAAAAAGAUUUUUGUGAAUGUUAUGCAAAAGCUAAUUACGAUUGCAGUGCGACUUAAAUUUAAGCCUCACUAAUUAGGUAGUACGAAGGGCAGACAAAUAAAAUGACUUAAUUGUUAAUUUUAUAGUAUUAAAAUUCAGGAAACUGUCAGGCAAAAUUUACACAAAUGUCAAUUCUAGAACUUAUAAGUGCACAGCUGUCAACUAAGCCAAUGGCGAAACAGCCAAGUCAAUUCGGUGAGUUAGUGUGAUGGCUUAUUCACCUAAAGAUGGCGGCUGGGUGGACUGCAGAAAUAUUGUGUCAAGAUGGUGAUAUGUUCCAGCUGGAGACCUGACAGGAACAUCAAGAGCAGAACAUGUCGUAUCUCGCUAAUAAUUCCUGUAAUUUCCGAUUUUUGCACAGUGUAGGAGGUAGCGGCAUGAAUAACAUACUAAAAAUCCUGACUAGUAAGGACAGAGUGUUGUGGUGGGGGUGAAUUUGGAGGUCACUGUGGUACGUUUUCCUUGAACAACUUGAAAUCCGCGGCUUCUAGUGAAAAUGUAUUCCAGUAAAAAAUUAAAGUACGUUAAAUUUCCUACAGAUAAGGUUCUAUUCAUUUUUUUCUCUAGGGUCGUAGUUUCCACAAUGAGAACGAGGGAAUUUUGAAAAUUUCCAGUGAUGCGCAGCCGCUGUUGCUUACUUGGUUUCUGCAGACCAACCUGUGGUAGUUUCCCGACUUGAUAGUCCACUACUGCCCAAAAUCAAAUUGUUCGCUUCGACUUUCCCUACACAAGAGGUGUCCAAACAGGCUUCCUCAGGUGGCCCAAAGCAAGUAUCAGUGCUGCUCAAGAAGUAUGCACCUGUCACACGAUAGGGGAAAAAAUCAUAAAAUUCCAUUUGUGUAAAGUUAUGAUAAACUGAAUAUUUUCAAUCUGAAACUCCCGCCACACCAUGCUAUUCUCACUUUGAUCGUUACUGCUUUUUUUUCUUCUCUUCAUGACAGUUAUUGUUAAUGUUAAGUAUAUUAUGUGGCCCAAAAGUACUCGUCUUCCUCCAAUGUCGCUCAAGUAAGCUAAAAUGUUGGACAUCCCUGCUGUACAUCAUUGUUGAACUUUGUAAGUAGGGACUGUUUACAACGUUAGUACCGCCUUACUGAUUCUUCUAUCGACAAUUCUAUCUUAAUAUUGGAAAAAUUUUAGGAAGCCCUGAAACGUUAUCAGAAGACCAGGAAGGGUGCAGUGAUAUGAUAUAAAAUAUCCAAACAAGAUUUUAUGCAAGUGGGUUGGUUAUUUAUCAAUGCAACAGCAAACAUUCAGAUUCCAUACCCAUUGAAUAAUUAACUGUUGCACAUAUAAUUAAUAGAUGCUUAUCACACAUUCUACAGGACUACUUUAUACCUCCCCUCGAUUUCUCUUUUGGUUGAAUAGCUAGUCAGUGAUAGUGCAUGAACUGGGCACUUAACUGAGUAAAUGAGACACACACUUAUCUAUCUCUUUCCUUCAGUGGAAAAUCUUUUUAGUUGCGUGACUGGAUUCUCUAGCUGUGUUCCUUUAUCAAAAUGCUUAUUUCUGAAUACUUUCUUCACUUAUUGUUUUCAUUACUCCUGAUACUUAAUCAGUACAAUCUGCAUACUAGUGUGAUCUCUUUGGCUGUUAUUGUAGAGGAAGUGAUGCUUCUUUUCAAUAUCUUCUAUCUGUGUUUCUGUUUCUUUCAGUCAACAGUCUGUCAUUAGGCUUCACAUGAUUCGUCAGUCCUUUCUAGUUUUCACCAGGUUAUUCAUUUCUACAAUGUUACUUCGGGCUUUGUCCUCAU